UUGAACAGACGGAGUACUGAACCCUUCCUGCUUGGAGAUAAAAUGUGCCUGGACACAAAGUGACACCUGCGGAAACCAGAAACAAAAGGACUAAUACGUUACAUCCUCACUUAAGCCGUCCUACACCAGGAAGAGAAUACUGACUGCACUUCAAUUCUGAGUUGGGACUCAUUUGUGGCUGAAUGGAUACAGGCAAAGUCAAAUGGAAGAUCUUUUUCCUCUUCGUUAUUUUCAACAUCAUUCUCUUCUACACUCUGAGCACACCCAGGACAGUGAGGUCCAUCCCACAACCCCGUGCACCUCCAAGCCCAUGCCCCUUCAGGAUCUCUAAUGACACCAUCACCCCCCUUGACAAUACCAAGCACUUACUGGUGUCAGCCUUCAUGGACCAGAGAGUGAAGGACUUUGACAUUCGCAUCAUUGGAAUAUUCAGGAGAGACUCCAUCCAACCUCUUUACUGUGUUUUCUGCUGUUCAGGCUGGUCAUCAACCGCAACUCCAACAACAAUUUUCCAACACCCGGACAACUUUGGUUUUCCAUUUGUCACAACAGAUGUCGUGUGUCCGAUUCCUCGAAACUGCAAGGCUACACAUGUUAGUCUUCAGACUCAGGAAUAUAGAGUGAAUGUAUUUAACCAAACUUGGCUUCCCAUAAGAAACCAGAAGGGGAAGGAGGAGAAGAAGUUUGACUUCACAGUCUGCGUGUCCAACCUGUUUGGAGAUUACAACAAUGUGCUUCAGUUUGCACAGACCCUGGAGAUGUACAGGUUGCUGGGUGUGGACAGAGUGGUGAUCUAUAACACCAGCUGUGGCCCAGACCUCGAUCGCCUGCUGCAGGGCUACAUCCAGGAGGGCUUUGUGGAGAUGGUUCCUUGGCCAAUCGACAAGUUUCUGAAUCCAUCUCGUGGCUGGCUCUUCUCAGAGAGUGGGGGGGACGUGCACUACUUUGGUCAGCUGACCACGCUUAAUGAGUGCAUUUACAGAUCUAUGGAGCGCUCCCAAUACGUCCUGUUGAAUGAUAUUGAUGAGAUUAUAAUGCCAUACCAACACAACAGCCUAAAGCUACUCAUGGAAACGCUUCAAAAACAGCAUCCAAGGACAGGGGUGUUCCUCAUUGAGAACCAUAUCUUCCCCAAGAAACAUUUUGAGCCAAAUGGGACAUUUCAUCUUCCUCAAUGGAACGGGGUGCCUGGAGUUAAUAUUCUGGAGCACAUCUACCGUGAGGACCCUGACAGAAAAAUAUACCAUCCACACAAGAUGAUAAUUCAGCCAAGGAUGGUGGAGCAGACUUCAGUGCACGAGGUGCUCAAGAAUUUUGGAGACCGGUACAAAGUCCCUCCAGACAUUUGUCGGAUAAUUCAUGUCCGCGUUGCUCUGCAGGGAGCGUUGACUGUGGAACAGCUCAAUGUAGACAAACGACUGUGGGACUUCAGUGAAAAACUGAUUCCCAAAGUGGACAAAGCACUGGAGAAAGCAGGCCUGCUGAGCUCAAAAGGGCAGAGGUGAUGGAUGGGAUGGACAGACUCAGAUGGACAUACAGUUUGAGUCUUUGGAACCUCUGAAAGGAGUGUAAAAUCAUUGCUUUACCUUAAGAUGGAAAAGUAGGUUCUGUUGGCUCAAAUUGAAGGACUUCUCCCUGUAAUGACCAAAUUACUUGAUAAGAUAAUUUUCAAUAAAAUGCUAAAUUAUUUUCAUAAAUCCGUUUGUAUAUAUCAGCACAAUAUACUUAUAAACCAGAACGCUCUACUAGCACUGCAUUAGUAUACAUGACUGAUCAACAGUAAAUGCUUAUGGAUGAUGUGAAGCUAAUUGGUGCUGUGCUGUUGGAUUUCACUGCAGCACACAGUGUUAUAAUUGCUAAACUCAAAUAUUAGAUAAGACGAAUGGUUUAGAUCACCUCACGGCACUCAGUUUGUCUGUAAAUGGGAUUUCAGUUUAGCAGGUCUCUAAAACAAAUCACUGUGUGUUAAAUUACCUAAUGUACUGUCUUGGUCUGAUCAGAUCAUUGUCUGAUCAUUGAUCAUUAUCUCCAAAAUAGGAACGCACCUUGCCUUUUUAAGAAAACGCUUUGCAAAUCUGUCUUCCAUCAUGUGUUGUGAAUGAUGUCUUUUGCUGCUGAAAAAAAUGCCUCAGAAACUUGAAAUUGUACAAAGCCGAGCAGCAGAUGAAAAAGAGAUUUUCUUUUAAAAAGU